CAUGGGCCGUCAUACACAUCACAAUUUCCUCCACUACCCUUUUGCAUUAUCUAAAAUUAAGACAUACCAAAUUGUUGCCAAAUUCUCCACGCCUGCUUCUUCUCUCUUCACUUGCAGCUAGGGUUCCUCAACACAUCCGAGACCAAAAUUGCCCUAGUAAUCCACAGAUCUAAACGACGAGGUCGGUCAAGGAGUCCGAAUCUGAAACUCCAUUGCUCAAGGUAUGGCGACGGUACUCUUUCUAUCUGCAUCUCAUUGUCAAUCUUUACGGUUAGAUUCACUCAAAGCUGGAAAACCUGAAUUGUGCUUGGGUACUUUUGGUUCUGUUCGAAAUCGAACCCCAAUGUGUAUUCCUCUUUUCGAAUCGGAAUUAGCCAAUUACCCAAUUGUCCAGAUUUGCUGAAUUGGGUUUUGGUUAGUAAAUUAGUAAAUUAGUCAAUUACAUCGUAAAUCAGAUGUCGUGCUCGUUUGUCAAAAAUACCCAAAUUGUUGUUCGAUUUACCUAUACAUUGUUAUUUCUGUAAACCGUUGUGUCGAGCAGCGUCCUACGCCGUCUGUGCAGUUAAUUUGGGAUUAUUAUGGCAAGUAGAAAGGCAGUUAACGAAAUGAUUAUUCAGAUUGCUUCUGAUAUCAUUCGGGACCAUCAGUUCGACAUCAUCUGCGUUAUCCUCAUCUACCUCCGAAGCAUUAGUCGGGGACGACGUUUCACUACUACCGCUAAUCGAUCCAGAUAUUCAUAUAUCCGGCGGAUACCUGAACAGGUUCAACGGCUGAACCGACUUACUGGUGUGACUGAUGUGGCUUGUAUUGAAAAUUUGAGAAUGGAUAGAAACGCCUUUGGGAGGCUGUGUAUUAUGCUUCAGCAGACUGGUGACGUUGUGGAUGGUCGGUAUGUCACCGUGGAGGAACAAGUAGCAAUUUUUCUAUCAAUUUUGGCGCAUCACAAGAAGGUUCGAGUAGUGAAGUUCGAGCAUUGGAGGUCAGGGUAUACUGUUUCCAAGUACGUUCAUGCUGUCUUGAGGGCUGUGAUUAAGCUUCAUCGUACAUUCUGGGUGGUGGCCGAUGCUGUGGGUGACGACUGUGAGGAUCACAGAUGGAAAUGGUUCAAGGGGUGCCUGGGAGCCCUUGAUGGCACGUACAUCAACGUGCAAGUUCCUAAUGCUGACAAGCCUCGCUACCGCUCACGAAAGGGUUAGAUUUGCACUAAUACCCUAGCCGCUUGUGAUCGUAGUAUGAGAUUCGUUUACGUUCUCGCCGGUUGGGAAGGCUCUGCCGGGGAUGCUCGUGUCCUAAAGGAUGCCGUUAAUCGUGAGUAUGGCUUCAAAGUUCCACGAGGAAAUUAUUAUCUUUGUGAUAAUGGGUAUGCAAAUUGUGAAGGAUUCCUAACACCCUAUAAAAGUGUCCGCUACCAUCUCAAAGAAUGGGGCCCGGCAAGUGGAGCCCCUCAGAAUCCACGUGAAAUCUUCAAUAUGAGACACACACGGGCUCGCAAUGUCAUCGAACGAGCAUUUGCCGUUUUGAAAAUGCGAUGGGGGAUACUUAGGAGUGCUUCUUACUACCCGGUGAAAACACAAACGCAGCUCAUUUUAGCAUGUUUUCUUCUACAUAACUACGCUAGAACAGCAAUGCCAGUGGAUCCCCUCGACGCCCUCGCCGGCGUAUAUGACGAAGACUUAGUCACGGGGGCGGACGACCCCAAUGUCCCUGGAGAGUAUAUAGACUCUGUGGAGCCCUCCAAUGCGUGGACACAAAUGCGAGACAACUUAGCGGGUUCUAUGUGGGAUGAGUAUGUAAAUCACCAUCUCUGAUUCGGACAAGCCACUCACGGGUAAACGACUUGUCACCAGAAGCUACUACUUCGUUGCCCCCUUUUGCGUAGCCGUCGAUAUUCCUUGUUUUCGUUAAUUACAACAUGGAAUUGUAAUAUUUGAACGCAUUAAUCGCGUCAUCGAUGACAAUUAUUAGUGUGGGAAGGCUGAACUUGAUUAGGUUGGGAAUGACUUUCUGGAUUUUGAUUUAUAUUAUGUUAAUGAUCAUCUACUAUGGUUAAAAUAGCCUUACCAAAUGCAAAGUAAAAAACGUUAAAUACCAAGCACCAUGGGAUUAAUAUAUGCAUAAUGCCAUGUUCCGAGACGGU